UACUUCCUCCGUGUUUUGGAGAUGUUUUCAAAUCGGUUCACGUGGUUCAAUCAACACGCUUUUAAACUAAUACACGUCAAACAGCAAUUUGACCACAUUUGAACGAUUUUUCUCCUGUUUAAUAUGAUAAAUGCGGAUGAAGUCGCCGAGUUGUGCUACGAGCGUUUCCGCCAGCUGCCCCGGAGAGGGAAGCCCGAGCCGGGCAGAGAGUGGAGCCUGCUGGCCGCUGUGCUCCGGAUCACCCGGAGACCAAACUCCGACUCAGUGGAGAUGGAGGUCGUUUCCUUGGGAACCGGGACUAAGUGUAUCGGAAAGGCAGCCAUGAGUGCCGCUGGUGACGUGCUCAACGACAGCCAUGCUGAAGUCAUCGCCAGAAGAGGUUGCAUCAGGUAUCUGAUCCAGGAGCUUCACAGAGCCGUGAGCUCUCGCUACAGCUCGCUGUUUCGCCCGGCGGAUCGGAGAGGGAAGUGGAGGCUUCAGCCCGGAGUUUCCUUCCUGCUCUUCACCAGUCACACUCCCUGCGGUGACGCGUCCAUCAUCCCCAUGACGGACUCCCAGUCCCAGCCCUGUCCCCCCGUCACAUCUGUGAGCAGCUGUGGAGAGACGGACGGAGGACGGAACUUGAAAAGGAAAGUCGAGGAACCCGGCGAAGGAGGGAACUUGAAGCUGCCUCGACUCGCAGAGGAAGAGACAAAAGAAGAAGAAAUGGACCCGUUUGAAUCCAGGACUAAAUCGCCUGACAGAGUCGUGUCUGUUCCUGCAUCAGCGUCGGAGCUCAAACCAGGAGAUUCCGCAGACUCGAGGCAGUCAGACGCUGAACUGGUCGGAGACGCUCACAGGACGGGCGCCAAGUGUGUCCCGGGAGGCCCGGCCGACCCGCUGCUGCCUGGGGCGGGCUACCACAGCGCCGGGGUCCUCCGUGUGAAGCCGGGUCGAGGAGAGCCGACUCUGUCCCUGUCCUGCAGUGACAAACUGGCCCGCUGGGGGGUGCUGGGCUUCCAGGGUGCGCUUCUGUCUCAUUACCUGGAGGAGGCGCUGUACUUCGACACGGUGGUGGUGGGCAAAUGUCCGUACAGCCAGGAAGUCAUGCACAGGGCGCUGGUCAUGAGGUGCUCCCGCGUUUCAGAGCUUCCUGCUGGUUUCUCUGUCUGUUCGCCGCUGCUGCUGCAGUCCAGCCUGGAGUUCCAGUUCAGCCAGAACCAAACCAAGCUCCAACACCAGGGCGGACAGGGACGCAUCUCCCCGUGUGGAGCGGCCAUCAGCUGGUGUAAUGUUGCAGAUCAGCCACUAGAUGUCACUGCCAACGGCUACAAACAUGGCGUCACCAAGAAAGUCCUGGGAACACCCAAAGCUAGGUCUCUGUUGUGUAAACUGGAGCUUUUUCACGCGUUCCUGUCUCUCGUAGCGGCCACUGACCCUUCGGCUCUGCCCGACUCUCUCAGGUCAGGAGAGCUGCACACCUACUGGGACCAUAAGCGGGCCUCCCAGUCGUACCAGCGAGCCUGGCAGCAGCUGCGUCUGCAGGCCUUCCCUCUGUGGCCUUGCAGUGACAGAAACCUCCUCCUGUUUCGCUGAAAGCCGACUCCGCAGCAGGAAUGUCCUCGUCAGGCUUGAUGAAAAACCGGCUUUGUUGCAGCGCAAACCCGGAGGGUCAUGUGCUGAAACAGCCGCCGGCCAGCAGAAAACUGAUUUCAAACUGAGGAUGGCAGAACCAGAGACAAAGCGUCACUUUCCCCUGGCUGGCUGUUAGCUCAGCUGCUCUGCGGCUCAGCACUCACAGCAGGACGACCCGCUCCGUCCCGCUGAUGUCUGCAUGUGGCUGCUUUAUUUUCACGUUGUGAGAGCUCUCUGAAAACACAGCUGACCCGCCUGCAACUUUCACUUCGCUGCAUUAAUUAUCAAACUCUCCUUGUGUUUCUCCCACAGAUACAACAGAAUAAAAUCAGUAGUCUCUA